UCCAUCAUCAGGCUGUACAAGUGAAGAAAUCAUGAAUCAUCAGUGAGGGCCUUACAGUCAAAACGCAGAUUUUUUUUUAUUACAGACGAUUUAUUUGUUUGCGUUAUUGUUCACAGUACAACUACUUCUACUCUACUUUGAAUAGCUGAUAUUCCACUGAAAUAUUUAAUUUGGUAUUAACGUUGCAGUUGAACUGGUCGCCUAAUUUUUGGGUCACGUUAGCUAGCUAAUCCUACCGAGCUCAGUUAAACUUCGAAACACUUUUGUGAAAGAUGGCUGACAACGGAGCACACCCGGCCGAAGAGGACCCAGCUGCAGCUUUCCUGGCUCAACAGGAGAGUGAGAUAGCGGGGAUAGAGAACGACGGCGAAGGGUUCGGGGCGCUGGAAGGAGCGGGCGGCCACCAGCCGUCUCCGCCGCAGUCGGUCAACUAUGACGGUUUCGAACAGGAGCUUGCCGCGGUGAAUGGGGAUAUGUUUCAGGAGUCCAAUGGCCCAACAGAUAACUACGCAGCGAUCGCCCAGGUGGAUAUUCAGAGGCAAGAGCCAGAGAGUUUACGCAAGUGGAGGGAAGAGCAGAAGACACGCCUUGAGGCGUUAGACUCCGCAUCCAAGGCAGCAGAGGCCGAGUGGAGAGAGAAAGCCAAAAAGGAGCUGGAGGACUGGCAUGUACACCAGCAUGAGCAGAUGGAGAAGAACAAGGCCAACAACAGACUCUGUCCAAGUCUGGCACGGAUUGCUGACAAGGCUUUCUACAAACAGCCCAACUCUGAUGUUAUAGGCUUUGUAGCAUCAGAGGAGGCGUUCCUGGCAGAGAGCGAUGGCGACAGCCCAGGAUCUGAAUGGGAAAGAGUAGCCCGUCUCUGUGACUUCAAUCCGAAAACCAACAAACAGGCAAAGGAUGUUUCACGAAUGCGUUCUGUCCUCAUCUCUCUCAAACAGACACCUCUAGUUCGCUAGAGGAGGUCACAGGGAGAGUUUUGUUCUUAAAACAUUGCCUUUCAGUUUUAACCUCACGCUGCAUCAGAAGAGUUUCUAUUCCCUUUUCCAUAAAAUUCCUGGUAUGUUUAUAAUCUUUGAAAACUUCCCGCCUUUCUUGAUGCCUAUAUAUUGAAAUAAUAUACUUGACCCCACUCUCAUGUGAGAAGAUGAAGGCCUGCUCUAGUGUUACGACAUCCUUUAGCUGGUCAGUUUUAUCACUGCUAUACUUAAGAAAAUACUGUUACUUUAAGUUAAACAUAUUACUUCCCCUUUAACUUAUUAGGUCAACUUUAUUGCAUGCCUCUGCCAAUAUUUUGGAUGCACAAUUUUUUUGUUUUAUAAAUUAGCAUUUUGGUUUAUAUCAAACACUUAAUUAAGCAUAUUAGAUUGUAACCACGUAUGCCUCUCAUCUAUGUAGAAUUCUAAAUACAGCUUUUGUUAACAUUUGUUGUAUUAUAUCCCUAAUUACCAUAUUUAACGUAGCUAGCAUAUUUUUCUCUUUCAAAUGCAUACGCUUGUGGCCUUUUUGAUGUAGCGCUUAAUCCAGUUUGAGUAUUUAGCCAGAUGGAUUUCCUCUUCAAUUGGGCAAGAUUUAAGAAAAAUAAAAAUUCACAACCAAAGAUUUCAUCUAAAAUUUUUAAGAUUUCACAUGAUCAGCAGCUCGUGCAAGUUCUCAUUUCACUGAUUUUCUCAGCAGACAUGUUAUGCUCCCAUGUUUUUGUUACACCAAUGUGUUCGAUUUUUUAAAAACAACAAUCAAUAAGGUGUCAAUAUCAACGGUAAUGUCUGCACAUUGUUUCACAUGUUGCCUAUUCGGACAUAAUGAAUAUUGAAAUAAGUGAAUGUUAAAAGGGAACUGAAAAAUAAAGACAAUGGAGUUUGAUCACUUUA